ACUUCGCUGCAACUUUAUCCUCACCUGUCCAACUCUGUCAAGAGCCUGUAUUCCUCACUGCUCCUGUGAGACACUCCUCCUACUUCUAACUGUAACCUGGACCUCAGCUGAACCAGGCUGGAGUGGGAGUCAUUCUUAAGGAGAGUUUCUGUGGAUAAUGUCUACAGGUGUUUCAUAUGGUCAGAGAGGCUGAAGAGUGAGCAACAUGGAGGACAGUGUGACACAGAUCUCUCGAGAGGACCUGGAGGAGCUCAGGGAGGCCUUCAACAGAAUUGACAUUGAUAACAGUGGCUAUGUCAGUGAUUUUGAGCUGCAGGAACUCUUUCGGGAGGCUAGCUUCUCUCUGCCAGGCUACAAAGUGCGAGAGAUCGCAGAGAAAUUUAUCGCUGGUGACACCAACAAGGAUGAAAAAAUAAGCUUUGAAGAGUUUGUUGCGAUAUAUCAGGACCUGAGAAGUAAAGAAGUGAGAGAGACCUUCCGCAAAACCAUUUCCAGGAGAGAUGGGAUCCGCUCAUUUGGAGGAACAUCAGGAAUCUCAAGCGAGGGAACACAACACUCAUAUGCUGACGAAGAGAAAGUGGCCUUUGUGAACUGGAUCAAUAAAACCUUGGCAAAUGACCCAGACUGCAGACAUCUCAUCCCCAUGGACCCCAAUAAUGACAGUCUGUUCAAAUCUGUCAAAGAUGGAAUACUUCUAUGCAAAAUGAUCAAUCUCUCUCAACCCGACACGAUCGAUGAAAGAGUCAUCAACACAAAGAAACCCACAAUGUUCACCAUGACUGAAAACCUGAUCCUGGCCCUUAACUCAGCGUCAGCCAUUGGUUGUACAGUGGUCAACAUCGAUGCCCAGGACAUGAUGGCAGGGACCCCCCACCUGGUGCUGGGUCUUCUCUGGCAAAUCAUUAAGAUUGGCCUGUUCGCAGACAUCGAGAUCUCGCGCAAUGAAGCUCUUAUUGCACUUCUGGGUGAAUCUGAGGAGCUGGAUCACCUGCUCUCGAUGUCUCCUGAGGAACUGUUGUUACGCUGGGUAAACUAUCACCUCGACGCAGCCGGCUGGCAACAAAUCAGAAACUUCAGCGAGGACAUCAAGGACUCCAGAGCCUACUUCCACCUGCUUGAUCAGAUCGCCCCUAAAGGUGACGGAGAUGACCAGAUCCAAAUCACCAUCGACAUGUCUGGCCUGAUGGAGCGCGACGACGAGAAGAGAGCGGAACUAAUGCUGCGUCAGGCAGAGCGGCUCGACUGCCGGCAGUUCGUCACCCCACAGGACAUAAUGGCUGGGAACCACAAACUCAACACGGCCUUCGUAGCCAACCUGUUCAACAUGUUCCCUGCCCUGGGCAGGCCCAAGAUCAACGGCAUCGACCUCACACUACUCGAGGGAGAAUCGCGAGAAGACCGAACCUUUAGGAACUGGAUGAAUUCACUUGGAGUUAAUCCUUAUGUCAAUCAUCUACAUAGCAACCUGAUGGACGGCCUGAUCAUUCUUCAGUUGUACGAGCGGAUCCAGGUCCCCGUUGACUGGAGGAAAGUGAACAAACGUCCAUUCCCAGUUCUUGGCUCCAACAUGAAAAAGCUUGAGAACUGUAAUUAUGCUGUGGAACUGGGCAAAAAGGAAGCAAAGUUUUCACUGGUGGGAAUCGGAGGUGAAAAUAUCAAUGAGGGCAGUUCCAUGCACACCCUGGCCUUGGUGUGGCAGAUAAUGAGAAGGUACACAGUCAAAGUUUUGUCAGAUAUUGGUGAUGGAGAAAAAGUAAAAGAUCAAGUCAUUAUCAACUGGGUGAACAAUACUUUGCAAGAAGGGCGUAAAGACUCCUUUAUCAAGAGCUUUAAGGACAAAUCAAUCAGCACCAGCUACCCAGUGAUCGAUCUGAUUGAUACGGUCGCUCCCGGCGCCAUCAAGAAUGAGAUGGUGAAAUGGGGAGAUCUGAGUGCUGAGGACAAGCUAAACAAUGCAAAGUAUGCCAUCUCUGUAGCUCGUAAAAUCGGCGCCAAGGUUUACGCGCUCCCUGAUGACAUUGUGGAGGUUAACCCCAAGAUGGUGAUGACUGUGUUUGCGUGCUUGAUGGGGAGAGGUCUGAACAAGGUGACAGGCUGACAUCUCUCAGAGGAACCUGUGGAAACAUCGAUGUUCUUUGCUUUCUGUUGUUCCUUGUUGUUACCCCCAUCCCUGGUCUUCUACGCUUUUGAGUAUUCGUUAAAGCAACAUUUCUCCCACAAAUGUGAAUGUAACAAACGAGGAAUGAAACAUACUGCAGGAAAAUGAUCACAUCAUUUAAGUAAUGGUAUCCUGUGCUUUCAUACAUUAGCAUUCUUAUUUUGACCUGUGAACAUUUCCCUUUGAACUUUUUUUUUUCUUGUUUGUAUAAAACAUGUUGAUUGCCGGAAAUAAUCACUUUUUUUCUUUAAAAAAAGCCUUAAUUUAUCUUAAUCUAUCACUUCAUUAUAUGGUAAUAUUUGCAAAUUCCGUUGACCUAUAUUGACUACUUUUUUCUAAAUACAUGAUUUGUCUAAAAAUGUAUCUAAGUAACAAGUUUUCAAGUACUAAGUUAUUUGUCCACAAUGAAUGUCUAAACCCUAACCACUGGGGUGGCAUU